AUGACGGCCAGACUGAAUGUGGGAACUUUCCUGUCUUCUGGGGAAAUCCGCGACGGAAACCUUGGAUUGGUCUGGCCGGAUGGAAGUGACAUUGAUAAUCCACCUUGGGGUGGAUUUGGUUCUCCUCCACUCAACAUGAGGAAGCAGAUGAAUUUCCACGAAUCUCGCCAAGGGGAAACCCGAGGUGCUGGGCCAGUCACAAGCGAGCAGGAGGCGAGAGGGGAUUCAGGGAAUCAAUCAAUUCGACUUCCGGGAGACCCAGCAGCGGUGCGCGGCGGGGCUCCCAGCAAGAAGCAAGAAGCAAGAAGGGGAAGGGGAAAGAAGAGAAGAUGGAAACAUGCCAAGCCCGGCUGUCGCUGCAUCCCAGGGAUCGGCCGCGUAGGCCUGCGUUUCGCCGGUCGAUCGUUGAGCUUCUGGAUUCUCUGGAUUGGAUCUUGUCCUCAUAGGCUCAGCUGUCGAACCGUGCCCGGACUCACACUCAUUGGUUGA